AUGCGUAUAAAUUCAGCAGAUGAAUUAGAAGUCUGCGAGGAGGUUGGAAGAGGUGCAUUUGGUAUCGUUUAUCGAGGUUUGAUCAAAUCAACUAAUGAAGAAGUUGCCAUAAAACAAAUAGAUUUGGAAAAUGAACAUGCUGACUUAAUUGAAGUCAACAAAGAAAUCCAGAUAAUCUCUGAGUGUCGUAUACCCCAGAUUACCCAAUUCAAAGGAUGUUUUGUUAAGCAAUACAAGUUAUGGGUCAUCAUGGAGUAUGUUAAUGGUGGAAGUUUAUUUGACUUGUUGAGGCCGGGUCCAGUACAGAACGAAUUCGCUAUUCUGGCAAUUGUAAAAGAGAUUUUGAUUGCAUUACUUUAUUUACAUAACCAAGGAAAGAUCCAUAGGGAUCUUAAAUCACAGAACAUCCUUUUGAAUAGACUAGGCGAGGUUAAAUUGACAGAUUUUGGAGUUUCCACUCAAUUAUCAUCCAAUUUCAGUAGAAGAAAUACGACAGUAGGGACUCCCUUUUGGAUGGCUCCUGAAGUCAUUCUAAACAAUAACGGUGGGCACCUGUUCAAAGCGGAUAUCUGGUCUUUGGGGUGUUGCAGUUAUGAGUUGUUUACUGGGAAACCACCGUUGCAAAACGCAUUUACACCCAUGAAAGCCCUCAGACAAAUAUCUAAGUGCCAGGCAGAUCAAGAUUUCAUUCAGUUAAUCGGAUUGAAUGAGAUGACUGAGAUUUCAAAUUGCUUUAAAGAUUUCCUCUAUCAGUGUUUUCUCGUGGAUCCGAAGGAAAGAUCAAGUGCAAUGAAAUUGUUGAAACAUAAAUUUAUUACUCAAUAUUCGAAUAGCAAAUCAGAGGCUAACAAAAGUAAGGAAUUGAAGAAAUUAAUUACAAGAAAGCAGCUUUGGGAUCAAGCUCAUCAUGUUUCUAAGGUUCAGAACUUCUAUGUUCCUACUGAGAUAAAAUUAAACCAGAACCGAUGGAGUGAUGAUAAACAAACGGAACCUUCCCAGCAAAACCAACCUAAGACAAUACACUUUGACAUGAGCCUGAUAAUUUGUGACCCUCUGGUAGAUGGUGCUGCUGGUGAAGCAGGAAUGGUGAGUCUCCUGGCUUAUAGAGAUUUAACACCUCCAACUUCAGAGGGCACUGGGAAUUCGACUCCUGCUUCCAAAACAACAUCUGCAACUUCAACAUCCACUCCUCCUCCAAACCAUUCCAAAGAGCAAUCGCCAAAAGAUACACCUUUACAGCUUCAUUAUAACUCGCUUACAAGGAUAAGUACCAGGCAAGAAAACAUCAAGAAAAACCUUCAACCGGAACUUCACAAAAUAAUAAAUAAGGUAUUCUACAAGCUUGAGUCUAAGAACAACUUACUCACAUCACAGUAUGACUCGCUUGUUGCUCUUAACGACAAUAUAAUCUCACUCGUGUCGUUUAUUCAGGAUUCUUCUGCAACAGCUACUUCGUCAUCUUCUUCACCGCAGGACAAGGGCAGUAGUCCCAAAGUCUUAAUAUGUCUGUAUCUCAGGUACUUCAUCAAAGAACUAAUGAGAGAAGGACCAAGUGAAGGAAGAACUAUGCUACAAAAAUUAAUAAUACCGCUGGUAAUAGAAGCAAAGGGCUUGGCCACUAUCUCAGGUAGAAGCUCUUCUAAUAAGUUGUCCUCUCUGGGCCCUACUCAAUUCGAUGAAAUUGAGCAGAGCCUCAUGGAGAGCUGGAUAGAAAAAAUGAAGGAAUAA